UAGCACGUAUAUGGUUUGAAAAGUGUAAAAUAUGUCUGAGUCAGCCUUUGAUAAAUUUUUGAAAGAUAUUCAAGGCUUCAUUGAGAAGACACCAGAUUUGUCCAUUCUGAUAAGAAAGAGAUACAAAGAAUGUUCCCAAGCCUACAGAAAUUCAACUAAAUUUGAAGAUGUUUUACAAAUAACACAAGCCAAAAUCGACAGUGACAACAGUAGAGUAUUUGUUCAUCUCAGGGACUUUUUGAAUGAAUUAAAAUCCAAUAAGGCAGAUAAAAAGAUUUCUAAGAAACGUAAACGUAAAGAAAGUGGUUCUGAUAUAUCAGAAACCCCUAGUCCAAAAUCUUUACGAGAGAACUCUACCGACACAGACUGCAGUGAGACGGAAAACAGCUCAGCUUUCUGUGAAGCCCUAUAUAAGGUCCCUCCAAAAUCAAACAGUUUAAGUAAAAUAUCUCCGAAAAACAAGUCAACAAAAUCAUGUGUUGAUGAAUCUAGUGAUAGAGAAAAGGAUAUCAACAAAACUUGUGAUCAGGUCACAGAUAAAGCUGAAACGAAAGAUAUAGAGAACAACUGUGAAACAGGAUCAAUAAAGAAUGGGGAUUGUGAAUCAUCAGAACCAGGUAAAGAUCAGGAUUUUCAGGGAAAUCAGGUAUCCAGAGACAGUGUUGGAGACCUGUGUAUGACUGUAGAUGAUUCCAGUGAUUUAGCAAAAACAGAAACAACAGAGAAGUCUAAAGGGUGUUCAGGUAUCAAUGGUGGUUUUGUUAACUCUCCAGAGUUAUUUUCUGGUGUUUUGGAUAAUGAUUGCAUCACAAUUGAUGAUGAGGAAGAUAAUGAGGAUGAUCCUGUUUUAGAAAAGCUUGAAAUUAAAACGGAAGAUAUCUGUGAACGCCUUAAGGAAACCGCUCCAAUGGAUAGCUCAACACCACUGAAAUCAGAACAUUCAGAUGAGAAUGAAAAGGAAAAUUAUUUCCCAUUGAAAGAAAAAGAAAGCUGUUCUGAGAAUGAAAAAGAAAUUGGUGUUACACUUAAAAACAAAAGUGUUGAUAAGACCUCUGAACCUGUAAGUGAAGAAAAAACAAAAGAUAUAAAACGUGUUGAAACUAAGCAAGUAGAAAAUCAUGUUAUAAAAGGUAACAACACAAAGUUUUCAUCAGUGGCUGAACAAGAAGACAAUGAAAAUGAAGUUGAUUAUACUGAAAUUAAUGAAGGAACUCAACCAGAAUUAGCACAGCCAGUAACAAUGAAUUCCUCUGAAGAAACUGCGAAAAAGGGAUCACAACGUCAGAUCCGCCGUCUGGAAAAGUUGCUGGAGGACAUUCGUAACAAGAUCGAGGAGUUGAAAAAUGCAGAUUUGUCUUUGGAUGCCCUUGGAGAAGAGGAUUCUGUUUACAUACAAGAGGAUCGCUACCAACAUAAGUUUGUCAAGGUGUGGAGGAAGCUUUGUGAGCUGAAAGGUGCAGAGUCCACCACAGGUCGUCCGGUGGAGAGACGGUUUUACUACAAGGGGACAAGGUAUCCAGAAGUCAACAGGAAGCUUGAGAAGUUUGUUAACAAACACAAGAUCUUCCCAGAUUUCCAUGAUGUCCAGAAGGUCAUCAGAGACACCAGCAAACAAAAAAAGCUAGGAUUAAGUGGGCCCGCUAUAGACCGCUUAGCAAGGGAGGCUUUUCAGGAUAUUGGUGACCUUCUGCAGAAACGGCGAAUCAGUGAUCUAAGGAAGACGUCUCCGGGACAUCUCCAAGAUGAACAAGGGUCGAGGGAAGAUCCAGCUUUAAGAGACCCAGAACUUAAGAAGAAGCUAGAUGAGAACAGGAAAGCUGCGAAAGGCAAACUUGAUGACGUCUUGGAGAAAUUCUGUCGACGGCAAGAGGAAUCUCCUGAAGAUGUGGAUGUAGAUGAAAAGGCAGAGGAAGAGGAAGAAGAAGACAAAGAAGAAAUGGAAAUGAUGGACAAGGAGGAUGUUCCAGAAAUGAUCGAAAUUCUCAAUGAUGACUCUGAGGAUGAUGAGGAGACAAUCUCUACCUCACCAACAAAGGCAGCAACAGAUGGCAGCUCUUCAUCAAUAUCUUUCCUGUCUGACAAUGGACGUUCCUCAACUCCGUCUAAAAUUACCAGAGAGUUGAAUUCUCCAAAUGUUUCAGUAUCAGCACAGAAGCAUUUAGGUAAAGACAGGAUGGCAGCAUCCCCACUUUCCUCACAAUGUUCUCCACAAGUGUGUAGAAAGGACAGCCCGUGUGUCUCGCCAAAACUGCCUUCGUCUUCCAGUUCACUAUGCUCAGACAGUUCACCCAAACCUAGAUCACCUUAUGUGGCUAAUUCACCCCCGGGUUCACCUAAUGGGAGUGACAUCAGUGAUCAUAUACAUUGCUUAAACAGGCCAAAAAAGUCUGGCACACUGGUUAGUAUAGAAGAUUACAUGGAUCAUAUGCCUGUGUUACCAAAAGUACAAACCUUUCCCAAUCUCUUCAACUCUGAAACAAAUGAUGAAUCACUGUCUGAUCAGUGUACACUUAAAAUAUCAAAUGUACAAUCCAUAGCUGAAGAUAGCUCUUCCACAAACGAUGGGCAGAUGAAUUCUGGGAAGGGUGGGGAGGUGAGUGCUGGAAAGGAUGAACAGAUGAAUUCUGUUGAAAAUAGUCCCAAGGAAAAAGCUAGACGCCAUCUCAAGUGGCCUUUAGAAAAUGGCACUAGUGAAAGUACGGAACAUGAAAAACACAAUCCAUGUCGGUCUGAUGCUAACAUUGAUAGAUUGGAAGAAGAGAAAGAUUCCUCAAACCCUCCUAGUCCAAGUCCUGUGAAACGCUCGAUCAUGUUCAGGAACUCAAGUAGAACUGUAAAUCUUAAACCCCUGACUUUAGGCACAACAGUAAUUGACUUAGCAGGUGAAGAUGAUACACAGUCUUGCUCUUUGUCCCAGAAACAGCAGGUGGCGCCCCCUAGUCCUGAAGAAGUUAUCAUUGUGUUAUCGGAUUCAGACUAAUGUUAUUGAUUGUUUACAAGUAACCUGGUGUAUCAGGAAAAAUUCUCAAUCUUAAAUUAGAAGUAACCUGGUGUAUCAGGAAAAAUUCUCAAUCUUAAUUUAUAAGUAACCUGGUGAAUCAGGAAAAAUUCUCAAUCUUAAUUUAUAAGUAACCUGGUGUAUCAGGAAAAAUUCUCAAUCUUAAUUUAUAAGUAACCUGGUGAAUCAGGAAAAAUUCUCAAUCUUAAUUUAUAAGUAACUUGGUGUAUCAGGAAAAACUUAAUUUAUAAGUAAACUGGUUUAUCAGGAAAAAUUCUCAAUCUUAGUUUAUAAGUAAUCUGGUGUAUCAGGGAAAAAUUCUCAAUCUUAAUUUACAAGCAACCUGUUGUAUAAGAAAAAAUUCUCAAUCUAUUUUCAGUCUGGCAGAUGUAUCAGUUGUGUCUGCCUUCAACUACAAUUUAUUUAACUUUCAGUCUGACAGUCACUUCGAUAUCUGGUUCAAUAAACUUGAGGGACUUGCUGCCUAGUAGAAACUUGAUUAAGAUCCAGCGUGUGUUUCUCUUAUUGAUGGAAGAAAUGUAAUUUAUCAAUAUACAGCUAGGGAUUGUAUUGUUCUCUGUUGAAAAUUACAUAACUAAGGAGACACAGAAGAUUACUUUUCAAAUUUAACAUUGAAACAUAUUUUACCUGAGUAACUCAUGAUAUAAUUGAAGGAACAUUGGCAAACAUGAUUUGGCUCAUUAUACGUUUUCAUCUUGUGUACAGUAGAAUGUAACUCCUUGUUAUUGAGAUUAGAAUUGACUUAACUACAACACUAUUUUCAAAUACACAUCAAAAGUGAAAUUCUUUUGUAUUCAGAGAUCCACUGAUUUUUUCAUCAUGAUAGGAAGUUGUGUUUUCGUAAAUGGCAAUAUGAAUCAUUAGUCUUUAGAAGAGUUAUUGCACAUUGUUUUUAUGAUGUAAAUCUUUUCUGGGGAUCUUUUAAUUUUUAACCACUUUCUUUUAAAGUAAAUGAUUUUAUUCUCUUAAGUGUGGGACGGUUUUGAUAGCUAAAUGUGGAAACAUAACAAAUAAGUUAAUAGAUCUCAUAUAAAACCUCUAGACAUUGAUUCAAGUACAUUUACUAGAAUACAAGAUCACUUAUCCUCAAAUCCUAUACAUUUCAGAUGUUAAUCCAGGAAUUGUGAUUAGUACUUAACGAACGUCAUAUAGGGCCCAGAGAGUAUGUGUGAUAUUAAGUUUGUUAACAGUUGAAAAAUUAUACCAAAUAUGAAUUGAAAUGUAUUUUUAUAUCAGAGCUAGGAAUACCUGUUAAUGUUAUUACUAGCAUUAAUGAUAGUGUAAUAAAUCAACUAAUUGAUUCAAGCUAUUGUACAUAUGUCUGGAAAUGUGUAAAUAACAUAUAUACAAACAACUAAAUUAUUCCGUUGUUGACAGCUGAUAUGUCAUUAUUGUCAGGGAAUGAUAGACCUAUGGUAUGGUUGCCAUGGAAACAAGUAAUCAUGAUUUUAAUAUCAAACUGAUAACCUAAAAGGGCAUUGCUAUCAUGUAAAUAUACCUCCACUUGAUGAUAAAUAAUCAGGUCGUUUACUGUCAGGAUAAACUCUGAAGUUUUAAAAAUUACUGUUUUAUAAGGACAGCUAAAGUGUUAAUAUAUUUGACAGCAUGGACACGA